AUGGUGUUCGGCUCGUACGCGACGAGAAGAAGCCAGUAUUCCAGGAAGAAUGGCUUCCACAAGGGAUCGAACGGGUUCACGAGCCAAGAGAGAAACUACGCUGUUGAAAUGCUGGAUGAAUUUGAGGAGAUACCUCUUUAUUGCAUCGUGAUGACCUACAUGUCUCUCUUCUUUCUGAUAAUUUUCGGCUAUAUGCGCGAAUUCAUGCGUCAAUAUGGCUUAGAAAAAUCCAAGGCAGUCAGAGAAACAGGCAACGAGGGUCUUUUCCACGGAAACGACCCUAGGAACGAGCUUGUGGUCGCUCGAGGCAAUUUUUCCUGCCUGCAGGUGAUCAUGCAGAGGUAUCUAAAACAAGUUUUAGUUAAGGCAAUUCAACUUUUUCUGAUCGUGAAAUACCUGGAGCAACACUUUUUGCUCAAACCUGAGGGAUUUAUUUUGACAUUUCAGGGCUUCGUACCACUCUACUCUGACUUUGAGAGUUUCUACAAGAGGAAUAUUUACAAUCGUGUUAGAGACUGUGUCAACAGACCCAUCUGUAGCGUACCUGGUGGACAGAUCGAUCUAGUGGACAGGCAGUCUCAUGACUGGAACUGGACUUUCGGAUAUCCAGGAACGACAACAAAGGUCGUGAAUCUUGCUUCGUACAACUACCUUGGGUUCGCUGAGAAUUCUGGAUCAUGUACGGAAUCCGCUGAACAGGCGGUCCGUGAGUACGGCAUCGCGGGGUGCAGCUCAAGACGCGAAUAUGGUACCCUCGCUAUUCACGACGAACUAGAAGCCCUUGUCGCUAGGUUUGUUGGUAAACCUGCUGCUAUGGUGUUUGGUAUGGGGUUCGCCACCAACUCUGCAAAUAUCCCCACUCUGGUGGGCAAGGGAGAUUUGAUAAUUAGCGACGAACUCAACCACACAUCACUCGUGUUAGGAGCAAGAUUAUCAGGAGCAAAGAUCAAAGUAUUCAACCACAAUGAUAUGAAGAGUUUGGAGAACAUGCUACGAGAAUCCGUUGUACAGGGACAGCCAAGGACACACAGAGCCUGGAAGAAGAUUCUCAUCAUUGUUGAAGGUGUUUAUAGUAUGGAGGGCUCUUUAGCGAAGCUCCCAGAGAUUGUGGCCCUUAAAAAGAAGUACAAAGCAUACAUAUACCUAGAUGAGGCCCACAGUAUUGGUGCCAUGGGCCCCAAUGGAAGGGGCGUUACAGAUUACUUUGGUGUGAACCCCGCAGAUAUUGAUAUCAUGAUGGGGACAUUUACCAAGAGUUUUGGUGCCGCAGGGGGAUAUAUCGCUGCUUCAGAGGAAAUAAUAAACCAUAUCCGCGGUACUUCGCACAGUGCCGCGUACGCCUCCUUCAUGUCACCCCCAGUGGUCAUGCAAAUAUUGUCAUCCAUGAAAAUAAUUAUGGCCGAGGACGGCACAAACAAAGGUUGGUCAAAUUCACACUCCACGCAUUCUUCGGAGCCUACAUUUCGCUUUUCUUUUCGCCUCCUUUUUCUCCUGAAGUCUUCAUUCUUACUGGUAAGCAACACUUGUGAAAAGGUUACAGUAACACGCACGCCCAGUAAGUCUGUACUUUCCACAACAUUCUCGUAUCAAUGGCCGCGAUCCUUGUAGUUAAAUUCGAGGUGCAAAAUCCGCGAUCAACGGACUUUCGACGCAGACUCGGAGAAUAUUCCGCUCAAAUCUGAUUGGCUGGUGAAUAAGAAUGAGCACUCUGAGCUAACUCAAAAACUGGGGUUCGGAUUCUUGGUGCCGGCCAGAAGGAUCGCGGCCUUCGGGGACGAGAAUGCAGUGCUGCUCGCAUUACGAGAGCAGGUCGAUUAGAACCAAGAAUAAGGGUAUUAAUAUGAUGUUUACAUUAUGCAAUCUUCAUAGUAUUUUCAUUUAUUAUUUUGUUAUGCUGUUGGUACUUUCUUUCACCGUAUUUGUUAUUGGGGUAGAAAAUAUUCCACUGGAAUCCGGUGAGGUUUUUUUUUUGAAGCUACAGCAAGGGCUUAAGG